AUGUCUGUUCUUCGCAAUGUCAUAAAGCUAGACUUGUCUGCUACAGCUUUUUUCAUGUGUGAUAUUCAAGAGAAGUUUCAAAAAAUGAUACAUCAAUUCCCUAGUUUAGUUGUUACUGCGAAUAAAAUGAUCUCUGCUGCGAAAAUACUCGAUAUUCCGAUGGUUGUUACCGAACAGAAUCCAAAAGCCUUAGGAAACACAGUUCCGGAACUCGACAUUUCCUCCGCAAAGUUAGUAUUACCAAAAACAAAAUUUUCCAUGUUUCUACCGGAAGUAGAGAAACUACUCAAGGAAAAAUCGAUAAAUUCGGUUGUUCUUUUUGGAAUCGAAUCACAUGUGUGUAUACUACAAACGACGCUAGAUCUUCUCGAAAAUAAUUACAAUGUGCACGUUCUGGCAGACGGUGUUUCUUCGAUGAACAACCCUGAAACUGAUAUAGCACUAGGCCGUAUGCGUCAAGCAGGAGCUUUAAUAACUAGUUCAGAGUCGGUGCUAUUCCAACUUCUCGUAGACUCAAAACACGAGAAGUUUAAGAGUAUUUCUAAUUUGGUGAAAGAGUACAAAGACGCGACAGCAAAUAAUAAACUUCUUUAUAGAUCAAUACUUUAA